UUUUAUCAGAGAGAGAAAUCUUCAGAAGCGACUUCCAAAACGAAGAGUACUUCUAUACCUGCUGUGGCAAAUGAGAAACAACUUCAAGCUGCUGCUGAAGAUAUGGCCCUAACAGAACUUUCGUCUCCACAGCCACAGUUUUCACCAGCCAGAGUUGUACUUGACAGCUUAAAUCUCUUAAAUGAAGAAAGCGUUGUCAAUCCACCAACGCCGAUAAAACUUCUUCAUCUGGUCUCGCCAAGGAGAUCCCCACGGCUCACUGCAUUGAGGGAUAUUGAAAAUGAAAACGAAAGCCUCAAAGCCAGAGUUUCCAUCCUGGAGAACCAGGUGUCAACAUUACAGUUCCACCAAAAUAAUCUGUGGUCGGAGUAUGAGAAACUUAGCUACACAGUAGCGACAUUAAGACAACAGUCCUGGAUGUCUCAGCCACAACUGACACCAACAACGUCCAAUGUCCAUCCUGUCGUGCCCACCCAUACGGUGCAUGAAACAUCAGCAGAUGAGGUAGAUAUAUUAGCGAUUUUAAGCAUGCCAAUCAUAACAUGUCAAUUUUUCUACUUGUAA